ACCUGUUUCAAUGACCAACCUUUACUAUCAACAUUAUAAUUCAACAAUCAAAUCUAUUCCACCAAUUACCACGUACUAUUUAGACAUGAUGAACAGAUCUAUCGUCCUUUGAGUUCUGUUCUUAUGUUCUUCAGAGCGUUGCACAAAGAAAUAGUCUUCAGAUCGACAUCAGAUCCAAUCUAAAGGUGUUAGUAAACAGAUCUCAUUCUGUUAUCAUGGCACAAGCAAUCAUCAGCCCUAACUUCUGCAGUCCGCACCCUGUUGAUCUUGGAAUCGUCAAGCUGGUUCCGUCCGGCAACUUUUCAGUCAAGGAUGUUAAUGGCAACAUUGUUUUCAAUGUCACAGGAACAUUUUUGAGCUUGCGCCGUUUCUUAGUUGACGGUGCUGGGAAUCCCAUUGUCACUCUCCAAAAGAAGUUGCCGAGUACACAUCAUAGAUGGGAAGUUUAUAGAGGUGAUAACACGGAUUCGAGGAAUCUGGUAUUUAGUGUUAAGAAAUCUUCGGUGGUUCAGUGGAAGACGAAUUUGCAUGUUUUCUUAGCAAAUAAUGAAGGAGAGUCUGCCCCUGACUUCAAGGUGAAAGGAAGUUGGUUUGAACAAUCUUGUGUCGUAUAUGCUGGGAAAUCCAAUUCCUCCAACAUUCUUGCUCAAAUGCACAAGAAGCACACAGUUACAAGCGUGUUGUUUAUGAAGGACAAUUUCAGGGUUACAGUGAGUCCAGGUGUUGACCAAGCACUCAUCAUCGCGCUUAUUUUCAUUCUUCAUGAGAUAAACUCCGGUGGUUCUAGUUCUGGUGAUUCCGUCUGAGACUAAUUUGGAUAUACAAACUUGAAUAAUGUUUGCGCGUUUGUCUUUGCGGUAUUUAGUGUCAUUCGUUCAUGUAUGCAUGUUAUGCAUGUAGUUUGGGU